AAAGAUCCAUGGAUAGCUGCAUCCAUAGCUAGCUUUUGGUGAGAAAACAAGUAUAGGUGAAAGAAGAUUGCUUCAUUUCACUAAGAAAAACAUGGGAAGAGUUGUUAACUGUCCUUCAAGCAUGAAAAUUCUCUUUGGGUACAUAAUUAUUACAGUCUUGGUGCUAUUUUGUAUGGAACCAUACCAAGUUGAAGCCCAAGUAGAGCCACCUUAUCCUCCACGUUAUGAAGUAAAAGCUCUUCGUGAGAUAGCGGCAGAACUAGCAAAGAAGGAUUGGAAUUUUAGUGAGAACCCUUGCAACAAUAAGUCAAGCUGGUUUACUCCACCGCCACCGCCAAAUGAGCCUGAGGCCGUUAAAAACAGUACCGUCACCUGCAAUUGCUCCUUCCCCAAUGGUGAAUGUCAUAUUGAUGGCAUCUAUCUUACAGGGCAAGAUCUCGAUGGUGUUCUUCCACGCUCACUUGCCAAUCUAUCAUAUAUGAAAACACUACUACUCCAUUACAACUAUCUUCAUGGUGCAAUCCCACAUGAAUGGGGUGCUCUGAACUUGGAGAUUAUGACAGUUUCUAUGAACCGCUUAUCAGGGUCAAUUCCAGGCUCUUUGGGAAACAUAACAACUCUAAAAUAUCUGAGCCUCGAGAACAACAUAUUUUCUGGAACUAUUCCUCCCGAGUUAGGGAAAUUGGCUAACCUGGAAAACCUUACUCUUAAUGCUAACUACCUCACCGGAACGUUUCCCUCGUCCCUUGCUAAUCUGUCCAAUCUAAAAGAACUUAGGAUUAGCAGUAACAAUUUCAUUGGAAGGAUACCCAACAUUUUUCAAAGUUGGAAGCUACUUGAGAAGUUAGAGAUUCAAGCUAGUGGUUUCGAAGGGCCAAUUCCUUCAAGCUUAGCUCUUUUGAAUAACUUAACGGAACUAAGGAUCAGCGACUUACCUGGAGAGGGUUCAAAGUUUCCGAAUUUAAAAAACAUGAAAAACAUGCACAGAUUGAUGUUACGUAGCUGCAACGUAUCUGGACCAAUACCAGAUUACAUAUGGGAAUUUUCACAACUGCAAAUUUUAGAUCUCAGCUUCAACAAAUUGGAAGGUAACAUUUCAGAUUCUGAAAGCCUUACAAAAUUGCAAUACAUGUACCUGACACACAACUCGCUUACUGGGAGUAUUCCAGAUUGGAUAAAUUCUAGAGAUAACCGCUAUCAGAUGGACCUUUCCUAUAAUAAUUUUUCUGAAAGCCCUGAGUCGCCUUCUUGUCGGGAAAAUCUAAAUCUGUUCGAAAGCUUCUCGGGAGGCAAAAACUUAGGACUAGAUAUAUGCCUGAAGAACUUUCCUUGUUCGAAAGAUUGGGAUUCAGUAAAUAUAAAUUGUGGUGGAGGAGCAACAACUGUUAAUGGGGUCAACUAUGAGGCGGAUGAAGACUCAGGAGGUGCAGCCAAAUUUUUUCCACUCAAAGAGACUUGGGAAACAAGUAGCACUGGCCGUUUCUGGGAUACCACUGUUACUUCAAGGGACUUUAUAGCAAUAAACGUUUCUAUUCUCCAAACUAACAACUCAGAUUUAUACACAAGAGCACGCCUCUCUCCUCUUUCUCUCACAUAUUACUUCCGUUGCUUAGCAAAUGGAAGUUAUACUGUUACACUUCACUUUGCAGAGAUAGUUGUCAGAGACAAUAGAUCCUAUCAAAGUCUUGGGAGGAGGAUAUUUGAUGUUUAUAUCCAGGAGAAGCUGGGAUUGAAGGAUUUCAAUGUUAAAAAUGAGGCACAGGGUGCCGAUAAAGCUGUUGUCAGGAAAUUUAAAACGGUCGUCAGGAACAAAAGUUUGACAAUACGCUUUCACUGGGCUGGGAAGGGGACAGCUGCAACACCAAGAAGAGGAACAUAUGGUCCUUUGAUAUCAGCUAUCUCAGUAGACUCUGAUUCCAAGCCUCCAGUUCACAGUGGCUGGAAUAAGAAUAUGAAGUUCAUAGUGGGAGCUGUUGUUUGUGUUCUGUGCCUGAUUUUCAUAAUCUUAGGCAUUAUAUGGUGGAAAGGCUAUUUUCGACACAAGCCAUCAAGGGAACAAGUCUUGAGGGGGUUAGAUCUGCACACUGGCUUUUUUACCUUCGGACAAAUGAAAGCAGCUACAAACAAUUUUGACUCUGCAUAUAAAAUUGGCGAAGGUGGUUUUGGAGUUGUCUACAAGGGUGUACUGCUUGAUGGUACCCUAAUUGCAAUUAAAAAACUUUCUUCGAAAUCAAGACAAGGGGAUCGGGAAUUUCUAAAUGAACUAGCCAUGAUUUCAGGAUUGCAACACCCUAAUGUUGUUAGGUUGUAUGGAUGUUGUGUUGAGGGAACUCAGCUGUUGUUGGUAUAUGAAUACAUGGAAAAUAAUAGCCUUGCACGUGCUUUAUUCGGUCCCAACGAAAGCUGGUUAUUGGACUGGUCUACUCGGCAGAAAAUCUGUCUUGGCAUUGCAAAAGGUCUUGCUUUCCUGCACGAGGAAUCAAGUAUAAAAAUUGUACAUAGAGACAUCAAAACUACGAACGUGUUACUAGAUAGCGAUCUCAAUGCGAAAAUCUCUGACUUUGGUUUGGCCAAGUUUGAUGAGGAGGAAAACACCCACAUUAGCACCAGAGUUGCUGGUACUAUAGGAUACAUGGCCCCAGAAUAUGCAUUAUGGGGCUAUCUCACCAACAAGGCAGAUGUUUAUAGUUUUGGGAUUGUUGCAUUAGAAAUUGUUGCUGGAAAGAACAAUGCAAAAUAUCGACCCGAAGAAGAUUAUGUAUGCCUUCAAGAUCGGGCUCUUGUUUUACAACAAAAGGGAAACUUAAUGGAGUUGGUGGAUCCAAGGUUGGGGACAGAGUUCAAUGAAGAAGAGGCAAUUAGGAUGACAAAAGUAGCUUUAUUGUGCACGAAUUCAUCCCCAGCACUUAGACCAACCAUGUCUGAAGUCGUAAACAUGCUUGAAGGUCGAACCCUUGUUCCUGAAUUAAUCAUGGACCCGAGUAUCUUUGCCGAUGAGUCGAGAUUCGGAGCACUGAAAGACCAAUUCAACAAAAUGCUACCUCAGACAUCAGAUUCAAGUUCAACAGCAUGGUAUGGCUCUUCCUCAACGCUUGUUUAACAUCCAGCAAAUUCAAAGCAAACUUGAUCGAUCUUAUUGUAAUGUAAAGACCGGGUAGAACUGGGUUUCAAU